GAGGAGCCCCGCACCACGCAGACGACAUGAGGAGCCCCGCACCCACACAUCGCGAGGAGCCCCGCACCACACAGACGACACGAGGAGCCCCGCACCCACACAUCGCGAGGAGCCCCGCACCACACAGACGACAUGAGGAGCCCCGCACCCACACAUCAGACACGAGGAGCCCCGCACCCACACAUGAGGAGCCCCGCACCCACACAGACGACAUGAGGAGCCCCGCACCCACACAUCAGACACGAGGAGCCCCGCACCCACACAUGAGGAGCCCCGCACCCACACAGACGACAUGAGGAGCCCUGCACCACACAUCGCGAGGAGCCCCGCACCACACAGACGACAUGAGGAGCCCCGCGCCCACACAGACGACAUGAGGAGCCCCGCGCCCACACAUCGCGAGGAGCCCCGCACCCACACAGACGACAUGAGGAGCCCCGCGCCCACACAGACGACAUGAGGAGCCCCGCGCCCACACAGACGACAUGAGGAGCCCCGCACCACACAUCGCGAGGAGCCCCGCACCACGCAGACGACAUGAGGAGCCCCGCACCCACACAUCGCGAGGAGCCCCGCACCACACAGACGACACGAGGAGCCCCGCACCCACACAUCGCGAGGAGCCCCGCACCACACAGACGACAUGAGGAGCCCCGCACCCACACAUCAGACACGAGGAGCCCCGCACCCACACAUGAGGAGCCCCGCACCCACACAGACGACAUGAGGAGCCCCGCACCCACACAUCAGACACGAGGAGCCCCGCACCCACACAUGAGGAGCCCCGCACCCACACAGACGACACGAGGAGCCCCGCGCCCACACAGACGACACGAGGAGCCCCGCGCCCACACAGACGACACGAGGAGCCCCGCGCCCACACAGACGACACGAGGAGCCCCGCGCCCACACAGACGACACGAGGAGCCCCGCGCCCACACAGACGACACGAGGAGCCCCGCGCCCACACAGACGACACGAGGAGCCCCGCGCCCACACAGACGACACGAGGAGCCCCGCGCCCACACAGACGACACGAGGAGCCCCGCGCCCACACAGACGACACGAGGAGCCCCGCGCCCACACAGACGACACGAGGAGCCCCGCGCCCACACAGACGACACGAGGAGCCCCGCGCCCACACAGACGACACGAGGAGCCCCGCGCCCACACAGACGACACGAGGAGCCCCGCGCCCACACAGACGACACGAGGAGCCCCGCACCCACACAUCGCGAGGAGCCCCGCACCACACAGACGACAUGA